UCCCGCAUGGAUUUGAAAUCAACAAUCUGUUCUAACCUAUUUUUUUUAACCUGAUUGAUGUUAAGGCGGCUUUAAAACAUGUCUAUAGAUUUUGUCCCCACUAGGGCUUCGCUGCUGAAAGGAGCCCCUGAGAGCGAAUACGAAGAGGUCUCUUUUGUCGCCUAUAAAUCGAAGAAAAAGCCAAAGGCAGAGCAGCCAAAUGAGCCUACCAAGAAAAGCAGCGAUAAGGAGACUGAAUUCAAUAUGCGGAAGGCCAAAUACGAAAUUAUGAAGUUCGGGAUGUCCGGCUUUGAUCCCGAGAAGAAGGAGGAAGCCAAAAUUCGACAGCUCAUAAGUUUAGGAGCAAAACCGCCCAAAAAUAAGUACAAAAACUACAAACAAUUGAUGGCGGAGCGAAAGCUUGAGAAGCAGAAGCAGGAGUCCGAACAGAAAUUCCAACAGUUGGGCAAAAAUGUUGUGGGUAAGUCAACAGCGAAGGGCAAAAGUUUCGACAGGAAGAGGCGAAAAGAGGGCAUAUUAGAUAUUUACGGAAAAAUAGUGAGGGAUAAAACCAAGGGACCAAAGUGAGGCUUGGAAAUGGACAGGAGUCUUCGAAGUUGCUUGCUACAAAUAUAUUUUUAAACUAAUGAUAAAAGAGAAAUCUAUUUAUGCAUCGCAAUGCCCGGAGUGGAAAUAAACGUAUUUUUAGUUACAAAA